CGGGGCAUGUGCUAGUGAAAUACCGUGCCCGUAAUUGGGCAGGUAGUAAUCUCUCUUGUACUUUUACCUAUCUUUUCCUUCUCUUCUCCUUUUUAUCACACCCGCCAACCACAACACAGACAGAGCAUGGUGAAAAUAUACUACUAUAAGGAAGAUGACUCGCCAAUGACAGCGCCUCAUGACUCUGGGGAACCCGUCGCAGCUGAGGAAUUGGAAAAGCUCGGGGUCUUUUACAAGUACAUCGACUCACAAGCAUCUGUCGACAACCUGGCCACAGAAAGACAGUACAAGAACAGAGACUACAUAACCUUGGACGGCGCCACGUUCCCCGGCGGCGAGGAGGCUCUUAACGCCAAGUUGGAUGUCUUCUUUAACGAACACAUCCACGAAGACGAGGAAAUCAGAUACAUCAUCGAUGGCACAGGCUACUUCGACGUCAGAGACAACAAUGACAGGUGGGUUCGGACUCUCGUGGAGAAGUAUGACCUGCUCAUCUUGCCUGCAGGAAUCUACCACCGUUUCACAUUGACUGAUGACAAGUUCGUCAAGGCCCUGCGGUUGUUCAAAGACGAGCCUAAGUGGGUCGCCUUGAACCGUAUCGACGGCAACACAGAAUCGAACGAGUUUCGCAAGGAGUACUUUGCUUCUCUCAGCAGCUAAUUGAUCUGCAGGAUCGUCUCUGAUACUCUUCUUCGUCUUCGCCCUUUUUUAUAUAUUCCCAACAGAUUUGUAGUUUCAGUUACCAGGUAAUACUAUCUACAGCUUUUACACUUUGUGCUCAUGUGCUAAACUCUCUUUCCCUGGUAUUCCCUGCCUUAUUUACCCCCAAAAUCGCAUAAAUCCUGUAGUAGGUAGUAGAAGCCGAAAGAGUGACUGAGG